GAAGGUAAUGAACUAUGAGAAACAAAGAAUGAAGACAAUUAAUAACAAUCAUGAGAGAAUGAAUGCUCUAGGAGUGAAGAAUAUAACAACCUGUUUGAAGGCUGCGGUUCAACAUAAGAAAUUAAGGAAGGAAAAACAAAUACCAAAUGAGGAAAAUGACGAUGAUUAUCGACUGUCAGAGGCUGAAGAUGGCAGUGACACUGAAUCCUAUGAUUCGUUUGAGCGUGAGGAGCAAUCAAAGGGUAACAUCGCGAACAGAGAAAUAAUGUAUACAAAACACAGGUGUGGUUCUAGGUCAAUCCUUAUUAGAGUAGAAAAACCAGUACGUAUCCUUGCACUUUAAGAAUUAAAUGGACCAAUAUAAGUUGUAUGAACUUACGGCACAUUAAUGGGAUGCACCAUUUGUGAAUUAGCCUUAAAAUUAAUUUUUUGUUCUCAUAAUCUCGAAAAAAAAGUCUGUUAGAGGGGUAAAUUGUAUAAUUGAUCUAAUUGUAAAUUGAUGAGUUACUAAUGUUUUUAAUCUUUUGUAUAAUUAAUUAAUUACUAAAGCUUUUAAUUUAUUUUUUUGCAGAUUGGAUUGGGGUGGCAUUUUUGACGUGCAACAAUGAUGUAAUUUGCUUGAAUGUUCAUUUUUGUUUGAUAAGGAUACACAUACUUUGUGGAGUUGCACUAGUUAUUGUUGGAUUUUUGGUAGAAUUGAACAAGUUGUAACUUUUGGAUAUUUUGUGGAUAUUUCACUAUUUUAUUGUAUUGGGAUGAAA